AUGACCGCAGACGACAAGAAACUUCACACCCACGGCUUCUGGGCGCGAUUCUGGUUCGGAAAGAAGCACAAGCACCAACCCUCGGCGCCGCUCCCCGGGUACAUCAAUGAGAUGAUGAACCCGGAACAUCACACCGGUGACUCGAAGAACGAUCUGGGAGAGUUCAUUCGACGACGAUCGAUGGAUGAGCGGUGCACGCCGCGAACGAGCGCGUCGAGCGAGGAAGAACAGUAG